AUGCACCCGGAGGCAGAGAGAGGGGUGUCUGCCCAUUACUGCUCCGAGCGGUCCCGGAGAGCCCUCCCAGCCCCGCGCUACCCGGGUUUCCUUGCCAGUGCUUCGGCCCGGUUUUCAGCCGAGCUAAGCGCUACCGGCGUUCCCUGCUGCUGCCAGCGUGCACCACGGAGGCCCAGCACGUUUGCAGGUCUUAGGUGUCCGAAAGGGCAGCGGCUGAGAAACCGUGGCCCUGCGUUCGUAUGUAAAGCCAACAAGCGCGCAGUGACAGACAACAGUCCACCAGCAUCAACCCAUGCAGUGGAUGAGGAUGCUCUACAGAAACUUAUUCAUUUGCUCCAGGCCACAGAUGAUCCAUUAAUUCAAGAGCAAGCUUUAAUCACUCUCAGCAACAGUGCCGCCUUCUCUGUAAAUCAAGACAUAAUCCGAAAUUUGGGUGGCCUUUCUGUUAUUGGAGGGAUGCUCUCGGAUUGCGUUCCCAAAGUUAAAGAAAAAGCACUAAAUGCACUUAAUAAUUUGAGUAUGAAUAUUAAAAAUCAGGAAGAGAUACAGGUGUAUAUUGUGCAAGUUUGUAGGAACGUUGAGUCAGCUCCCCUGAACUCUGAUCUGCAGCUAGCUGGACUCAGAUUGUUGACAAAUAUGUCUGUUACCAGUGACUACCACAAUAAGAUGAUAAACUCAAUUCCAUGCUUGCUUCAUUUGCUUUCAGAAGGAACUGAAAGGACACAGAUUCAAGUUUUGAAAGUACUUGUGAACUUAUCUGCAAACCCAGCCAUGACAAGACAUCUUCUCAGAGCAAAAGUGCCAUCACUGCUGUUGCUUUUUGACAACUGUAUAAACCGAGAUAUUCUGCUCAGAGCCCUGGUGUUUGCAGCAAACUUGAAAAAGAAUAUGAACAAUGAAGAUGGCACCAUGAUUCAGGACCAAUACAGUGAACAUUCAAUUUUCUCCACGCUCUGCAGGGACUCUACCCCAUUUGCUCAGAAACUGGCAUCUUUGUUGCAUCACCCCGAUAAAGAAGUGAAAGAGCAAGUUGUGAGAAUAUUAACACAGUAGUGAUUU